AUCCUGGAUCAAACGAAGCAGCUUCAAUCUCAACAACAAUAUCUGUAUUGCCAGAUGAAGUCCGAAGCCUCUGAUAUUAUACCACCAAGACAUAACUCUGCCACUUAUAAGCCAAGCAUUUGGAAAUAUGAUUUCAUACAGUCCCUUCAUACCAAAUAUGAGGAAGAGGGAUAUAGACUCCGGGCUGAUACAUUGAAAGAGGACGUGAAACGUAUGUUUGUUGAAGUCAUAGACGUUUUAGCCAAGCUAGAACUAAUUGACAACAUCAGGAAAUUAGGUCUGUCCACCUUCUUUGAAAACGAAAUUCAGGAAGAUUUAGAUGACAUAGCUUCAAUUCAGAAUGAUAAAUCUUGUGUAGAAGAGGACCUUUAUGCCACUGCUUUAUGGUUUAGGCUCUUCAGGCAGCAUGGCUAUGAAAUUUCACAAGAUAUCUUUAGUGGCUUCAUGGAUGAAGAUGGUUCAUUCUCAACGACAAAAUGUAGAGAUGCGAAAGGAUUGAUCGAACUAUUUGAAGCCUCAAAUCUGGCUUUAGAGGGUGAAAACAUUUUGGACAAGGCUAAAGUUUUCUCAAUUGGAACCCUGAAAGAUAUCCAUUGUUGUAAUUUGGAUAGUGAACUUGCGGAGAAAGUUGCCCAUGCUUUGGAACUUCCUUUGCACAGAAGAGUGCCGUGGUUUGAAGUCAGAUGGCACAUGAACGCUUACGAGAAGGAAAAACAAAUGAACGCAAGUUUAUUGGAGUUAGCAAAACUCAACUUUAAUAGGGUUCAAGCCACACUCCAAAAUGAUCUUAGGGAGGUUUCCAGGUGGUGGAGGAAUCUUGGCCUAAUUGAGAAAUUAAAAUUUACCAGAGAUCGACUGGUUGAAAGCUUCAUGUGUGCAGUGGGACUUGUUUAUGAGGCUGAGUUCAGCUGUUUUAGAAUAUGGCUCACUAAAGUCGUUAUCUUCAUACUAGUGAUCGAUGAUAUUUAUGACAUUUAUGGUUCAUUGCAACAACUACAACACUUCACCAAUGCUGUUGAUAUAUGGGAUUCCAAGGAAAUUGAACAUCUGCCAGAGUGUAUGAAGAUAUCUUUUCAAGCACUGUAUGACACUACUAACGAAAUCGCUUAUGAAAUUCAGAAGAAGGGUUGGAACGAUUCUGUCUUACCUCAACUGAAGAAAGUGUGGGCAGAAUUUUGUAAAUCAUUAUUUGUGGAAGCGAAGUGGUACCACGAUGGACAUACCCCAUCCCUACAAGAGUAUUUGAGUAAUGCAUGGAUUUCAUCAUCCGGUACAGUGCUUUCUGUCCAUUCAUUUUUCUCAAUAAUGAAUGAGGCCACAGUGGAAAUGAUAGAAUUUCUCAGGAAAAAUCAGGAACUCGUGUACAAUUCAUCUCUAGUAAUCCGGCUAUGCAAUGAUCUAGGCACUUCAGCGGUGGAACUGGAGAGAGGUGAUGUAGCUUCAUCAAUCUUGUGUUAUAUGAGAGAAUUGGAUGUAUCAGAGGAGAUAGCUCGGAGUCAUAUUAAAGAGAUGAUAAAUAAAAGUUGGACAAGUAUUAAUGGACACUGUUUCACCCAAUCGUCUUUGCUGAAACCAUUUGUGAAUAUUACCACAAACUUUGCACGUGUGGCGCACUGUCUUUACGAGAAUGGAGAUGGUUUUGGAGUUCAAGACCGUGAUACUAAGAAGCAAAUCCUCUCUUUACUCAUCAAACCUAUUUAA